AACAGCCACACAAGUCAUCUUUAUGUUGCAUGACAUCUAGAACAAAUUUACAGAACCUUUGUUCUCCCAACAGUUCAACAAACCAGUAGAAGCAAAGAAGUAGGAAUGAAAAAUACUUACAGGAGCAAAGACAGUCAUUAAAACAAGAGCAAGCAGAAGAGAAAGCAUUUCAUAUACCUUGCCUACUGUUUAGGUUAAUAGGAAGAGACCAGAUAACUGGAACGGAAAAUGGCUGCUUCAUCGACCUUUAGUGUGCACAGUGCCGUCUCUGUAAAUGAAUCUUAAAAAUGGAUAUGCUCAAAAUACUCAUCAAGGAAAGACAGAGCAGGCAACUGACAGCCAGUUGAGAGAGGAGCAAAGUCUACGCAGUAGUAACAGCCUGGGAACAGGAUAUGCUACAAUAAGAGACCUUCAAGCAAAGUCACCUGAAAUAACAGUGUUCACAAACAACUGCAAAGCUAAAAUGCCACUUUUCAGCUGGAUGAAAUGGUCAAAAAAUGAUCCCUACAAAUCUACAAGAUACCCUGGAUCAGAAGUAGUUACAAAAACCCUACUGAGGGAAUUGAAAUGGCACCUGAAAGAGCGUGAAAGGUUAAUACAAGAGAUUGAAAAUGAACAAAAAGUCCAGAAGACUGGCAUGGAUUAUAACUGGCUGAAGAACCAAAACCCUCAAGCAACCAUUCCAGCAACAGAGCAACGGCAGCUGGAAGUUCUGUGUUCACAAAUCCAGCCUUGCCAAACAGGAACUGUUCUCAGCAGAUUUCGUGAAGUUUUGGCAGAAAAUGAUGUUUUACCUUGGGAAAUAGUCUACAUAUUCAAGCAAGUGUUACAAGAUUUUCUUACUACCAUUGAGAGACGAAACCAGCAAGACUCACUGGUAGAUGCAUGGAAUACAAAUUGCUCUGAACAUUGCAGCCUGCAUGGAAACAGUUCUAACAAAUCAGACAAAGACGAAAUCCCCACAGUUUCAAGCUACGUUGACAAAACCACACAAAGCAUGUUUCCCACCUUCUCUCAUAGAAUCUGGAACCUACCCUAUUACUACCCUUCAAGUUAAGUUGGCUUGUCUUUCUUUCUAAAAGCUAUGUAGCUGCUUGCAUUCCUUUCCUGUGAUUGCCAUCCACAAAAAUAGGAAUAAAACAUGUGACACGCUUUCCUUCUUUCCAAGAA